AUGGCAAUCACUCGUGUCGACCGAAAGGUCCUGGCUCACCUGAUCAACUACUACGUUUCGGACAACAGGAUCGUUGUUGAAACCCUCCGCACAGUACUCGGCCUUUCUGUCAUGCUUGAGCAAAAGUUGAGUCAAGCUCGCAGGCUUCGCCAGUUUGACAAGAUCCGCGAGGCCAGAUCGUUAGAUCUUUACCAGCAGAUUCUCUUUCUCGCCAAAGAGGGACUGGCUUUGACUGAGGUGCACAUUGCGCCACACUGUGGAGAGAACGCGGAAGGAAUCUAUCAGGUCAUGGCUCUCAAGCUGCGUGCAUCGUUCCACCAUAUCUUCUGCCUCUACCACAACACGCCUCCAGUUCGUCUGCUGCGUCCAAACGAGAAGAAGGAACUCAGUAUCUUCAGCAUCAAUUAUAUGGCUAACAGAAAGAGCCAAGAGUUCAACUUGACACCUCCUGUCUUGGCCCACGAACCUGACAAAGUAUCGCCAAAGAUCACGCUCCAGUCUCAUGCAGCCCCUACUCGCCCUCCUGGUCUCGGCAUGAAUGCUACUAACUUCUACGAACCUCCCGUUCCUGCCAGUACCUUCUUGAUGCCUCCCCUGGAUUACACGCCAGAGACCAAGAGACUGUUCGAACGGGCAGCCAAGUUUGCGGAGAAUUUCCUUCACCCUGCUCACCCACUGGUACUCUCUUUGGCUCUCGAACGAGCUACAUUCCUCAUCGACUGCCUCUCAGAUUACGAAAAAUCCUUGAAGGUGGUCAAGAAGGCCGCUCGUGCCGCA